GCGAUAAAGCGUCUCUCUCUCUCUCUCUCACAUCCGAAAAUGGUGGGCGCUGACGAUGCACACGACGCCGAUCCGGCGACCUACGACCGCCACCGGGAGCUGAAGCGCUUCGACGAUUCCAAGGCGGGCGUCAAGGGCCUCGCCGACUCCGGCGUCGCCAGGCUCCCCCGCUUCUUCCUCCGCCCGCCGGAGGACAUCGCCGCCGACCGCCCCGGCCCCGGCCCCGGGCCGGCCGCGCCCGCCGCGCUCGAGAUCCCCGUGAUCGACCUCGGGAGCCUCGCGGCGGGGGGCCGGCCGGCGGCGGUGGCGCGGGUCCUGGAGGCGGCGCGGGAGGUCGGGUUCUUCCAGGUGGUGAACCACGGGAUACCGGAGGGCGUGCUGGCCGGGGUGCUGGCGGCGGGGCGCGCGUUCCACGAGCUGCCGGCGGAGGUGAAGGCCGGGUACUACAGCCGGGAGGCGGGGAGGAGGGUGAAGUUCACGAGCAACUUCGAUCUGUACGAGUCGAAGCACGCGAAUUGGAGGGACACUAUGUUCUGCGUCAUGGGGCCCGAGCCGCUCGAUCCUCUGGAGUUGCCUCCGGUCUGUAGAGACAUGAUGAUGGAGUAUUCCAAGCAAGUUAAGGCAUUAGGGAACACCCUAUUUGAAUUGCUAUCAGAGGCGCUUGGUCUGAAACCCGACCAUCUUGUGAAAAUGGACUGCGCAAAAGGGCAUGCUCUUCUCUGUCACUACUAUCCAGCUUGCCCGGAGCCUGAUCUGACCAUGGGCACCACCAAGCAUUCUGACCCUGACUUUCUUACUAUCCUUCUCCAAGACCAUAUUGGGGGACUUCAAAUUUAUUAUCGAGAUCAAUGGGUUGAUGUUCCGCCUGUGGCUGGAGCUUUAGUUGUCAACAUUGGUGAUCUCCUUCAGCUUAUAUCAAAUGAUAUAUUCAAAAGUGUCUGGCACCGGGUGUUGGCAAGCCAUGUUGGCCCUAGAUUAUCUGUGGCUUGCUUUUUCACCCUUCAUCUAUAUCCAACGACGAGAACGUAUGGCCCAAUAAAGGAAAUAUUAUCAGAAGACGGGCCAGCUUUGUAUCGGGAAAUCUCUCUUCGCGAGUUCGUCACAUACUAUGACUCAAAAGGACUAGAUGGUACUUCAGCUCUGACGCAUUUCAGGUUGGCGAAAUAACCAUUUGACUAUUAUGUUGUAUAGCUUGAAUUUUAAGCAAUAACUAGUGGUGGAGUGAUCCACAAAAUAUAUAUAGAAUGAAGAAGGAUGUAAUGAUUAAAACUGUACCAAGAUUUGAGGGCAUGGUUGUAGAUCAUUAUAUACUUCUUUGUACACAAAUGUUUGUUUAUCACUAUAUAGAUGCCUCUAUUGUGCAGUUUCUGCGGCUCUUCUUAUUUCUGCGUACA